CGUCGACGGGGGGGCACCUGCUGUCCCGCUCCGCGCUGCAGUGGCCGUGAGAGCACAUGGUUUGUGCACAGCUGGAAAGAAAGGCAGACCUGUAACACCUCAUCGGACCCUACCACUACAGCAUAACACGCACGGGGGACGCAACGCGCUUUAUCCCGACAUGAUGCCCCGUCGGCCGGGCGGCGGCGGGACAACGCGCGGGACCACGGGCACCCUUUUGUCGGCAUGUCUGGUCUCCGCGUGUCAAGCCCUCCGGAGCUGCGGGGAGGUCCAGUGCGGCGAUGGCCAGCAGUGCUGCCCGCCCAUCGUCACCGGGAACGGCAGUGCCAGCUCCACGGUGCGCUGCUGCAAGCUCCCCAUCCACAUAUUCUUCGACAACGUGGGCUGGUUUACGCGGAAGCUGUCUGGCAUCCUGAUCCUUUUACUGCUCUUUGCGAUGGGCUACUUCAUCCAGCGGAUCAUCUGCCCGCGGCCCCGCCGGCACCCGCACCACGACCGCAGCGAGGAGCCCUCCCUCUUUCACGGGCACGCAUCAGCGUCCCAGGACUCCCUGCUGGACCGGUACCCCGGGUACAGCCUCGAGGACUUCGCCUCUCCGAACCUGCCAGCCUACGACGAGGUCAAAUAUUUGCCCACGUAUGAGGAAAGCAUGCAGGAGAUGCGCAGAGACCGAUCCGAUGAUAACUUGCUGGCGGAAAACGAGAGGGGCGGUCAGGGCAGAGCGAGAGCAGCCGGGGCCAGGGCUGGAGACCAGAGACGGGAUGUCCUGGAGGUGUCAGGACCGCAGCACAGCUCAAGGGCAUCUCGAAACUCGGUCUGACGGAAAACAGAGACUGGGCACAACUACAGAGACACUACAAUAUUCUUAUUUUAAUAUCGUCAGGGUCAUUAUCUUGCAGAGAUACAAACUCAAGUGCAAUUAUAAUCCUGAAUGCUAAGAAUAAAUGAGGAGGCUGCGAAAAUGUACGUGUUGGGUCAGAUCAUGGAGGAUUACUCGCCUUUUGUAUGCAAAUGACCGCUUGGGUUAAACGAGGGAGAUUAUGAAGUGCGCGAAGGCGCCUGAAAUUGACGCGCUUUGUGUUGGGGACAGCUAAUUUGGCUCCGGUACAAUCGCAUUAAGUUUUACUUCAGCACCUCAAUUUUAAGUGGCACCGUGACACAGUUUUUCUUCUGUCAAAAUCUCGUCCUUUCUUACUCUCAAUGCUAAAUAUUCUGCUGGACCCGAAAGACCUCGUAUUCUUUUAUGUAUUCUUCAUUGAAUUUGCAUCCUAAAGGAAGAAUAUUUAGAUUUUUUUUUUCCUCAGUAACAUGAAAUGUGGGCCGAAAGUGGGAGUAAAGAGAUGAAUAUCAAUUUUAAUACUUUCUGAGGCACACCAUUUUAUCAGCCAACUUUAAAGCCAGUUAAUUUAUACCUUAUCAGCAUGAAAACAACGUACUCUGGAACUGACACACACACACAUGCACAUACACACGUUUCACUGGGAGCUGACAGAUGAGCAUUUUAUCACUGAGCCAUGUCUGAUAUGUCUACUGCAAAAGCUGAAGCCACAGCAGAUAGGUGCAAUUAAAAAAAAAAAAAAAAAAAGCUCUGAUCCCAGGAGCCUUGUUGCCCAAGGCCACAUGUAUCAGUGUGUCCCAGGAUUCUGAAUUCUGGAAAAACAAUGGCAGAGAUUACAGCUGGCAUGCUGAUAUGGUGUAAGCUGCCAGGGAGCAACGUUGUGUUUUGAUGAUAGCAUGUCAGACGAGAUCACAAAUGCUGCCCCGAGCAGAGCUAAGGCAGUGCAGCUCAGACCAAGCAAAGGAAAAGACAAAGGGACACCUAACAGGAAAACAAGGGUGAGACAGAGACAGGAGGCAGUCAUUUCUUUGUCACGGGAAGAGUGGUUUGAAGAUGUGGUCUGGAAAUAUCUUCAGAUCUACUUGUAUGUUUACCAUAAGUGUGUAACUGUCCCUUGCUAAUUUGCAUUUUCGGCUAAUGAGGCAUGAGAUGUCUUUCUUGCUGCUAUAAACCGUAAACCAAGCUGACACUACGCACACCUCAUUGCAUAAAGCUUAACGGCCUGCUCACUUGGAUUAAAGCUGGAGGUAUAUUUGCCAUUAACUGUCCAUUAAAAUGUCUCGUUAUGUUAUAAUAUUGAAAAGGCUCACUUGUCAUUACACAUUACUUUCCUUUGACAUUAACCGGGUGUGUGGUAAACAGUCUCACUUGCUGUAUCCUGCCUCUAGCCCAGACUUGAUGAAAUGCUGGCAUGAGAAUCUCCUUUAGUGCUGCCCAUACCUGUUACUUUCAUUAUCGAAUAACAUGCCAAAUAUUAUCACGAUUCACUGACUUAUGGUUUGGCCUAUAAAAAGCUAUAGGAUAGUGAAAAAUGUCCAUCAUAGCUUCCCAGAGCCAAAGAUGACGUCUUCAAAUUGCUUGUUUUGUCUGACCAACAGUCCAAAAUACAAUGAUAUUCACUUUACCAUGAACGGAGGCUAAGAAAACCUGCAAAUAUUUACAUUUGAGAGGCUGGAUCAAGUUAAUUUUUGUAGAUUUUCCUUAA